CGACAGACACGGUACAUUAGCACAAACGUGAAUGGAACGCCGAGAGAACCUUCCAUUCAAGCCUACUACGGGACAUGACAUUUAACAAAAUAAACAUUGAAGAUUAGUUUUCUCGCGAAGUUUCUCGUUGAAUCCGCGCACAAAUACAUCGAUAAAACCUAAGAUCGCAUCAAAUUUUCAUUCCAACGUUAAAAUUUUUCUAAACCCCAAAAAAUCAGAAAACAAUGGAACCAGAUCAAAGAUGCAUGGAGGUGAAACUCAUUUCGUGUAAGGACCUCAGAGCCUUCAACUUUUUCCAAAAGCUCACAGUUUACGCUACCGUCUUCAUCGACAGCGAGGAUCCGAAGACGGAAAUGACGGAGGAAAGGAAGCAGCGACAGCGAACCCUAACGCACAGAGAAGGCGACGGCGAUGGCACCAACCCCGAAUGGAACAACUACGCACGUUUCGAUUUGGGGUGGCUAUCGCGCUCGCCACGCCACUCCGAUUAUGAUGAUCUCUUCCUCUGCUUUGAGUUCCGCCACGACGGCGUCAUCCUCGGGGACAAAGUCGUCGGCGAAUGCCGCGUGGCGUUCUCUGAUCUGAUCCGCGAUGCUGCCGCCGGCACGGCGAGGUUCGUGAGCUACGAGGUUCGAUCCCCCGAGGGAAAGCCCAAUGGUAUCUUCAAUUUCUCGUACAAAUUGAUUGGGUUUGGCAUUGGGAUUGGAAAUUGGAGUGGGAGUGUGAGCGGAACGCAAUCGUCGCAGUUUCUUGAAGGGAGAAUCUCAGGGUACCCUGUUCUGGCACCGGAGGAUUGCGCGUGCGCUUCCAAUAGGGUACAAUAUCCCACGUGCGAAAUUGAGAACACGUUCUGCUACCCAGCGGUCGCGAUGCCGGUGGGGUGUCCCGUCUAUCCGGCAACUGCUCCACCGCCGCCGGUUAUGCUUCCGUCGUACGGAGAGUAUAAUUUCAAUUACCCACAACCACCGCCACCCCCGCAGGUUGCGUAUCCAUAUCCUCCCCAGCCUCCUCCGGUGCAUGCUUACCCUCAUUUUGGGCCGGAGCCCCAUCCUUGGCUACAAGGCCCAUAUAGUGAACGCAGGUGGUAAUGGACUAAUGAAGAAUACAAAGCCCAUACUUUUUCUGCAGUGUUUAUUUUGACAACAUUUAGCUGUAGAAUUUUAUUUAUUUAUUUCUUUUUACUAUUUCUGUCUUGUAGGGUUCUCCAUAUUUUAUACACGGAAAUU